AAAACCAGGACAAAUUUCAAAAAAGCAAUUUUUUGAGGUUGAUGACGCAGAUUUCGGAAAAGAAAAUCGAGUUGAGCAACGACGGCAAGAAGUUGGUGGAAAGCGACACAGGAGUGGAUAUCUUGGACCGAGACAGUAGGUUUAAGCAGGAAUUGGGUGGGCAUUUGGCAGAUCCAUUGAAGAGCUUGAAGGAGGGAGACGUGCUUGAGUCGCCAUAUCAGGGCGCCAAUCUCGUGAAGCAACGAGCCUCGUCCAGCAAAGAAGAUGGGGGAAGAAUUCCUCCCUACAACUGGCAAGAAGCCUACGAGGACUAUCUUCACGACGACGACAUGCUCUGACUAUUAAGUAUCUCAUAUAGCUACUACAGCUAACGUUGAUAAGCGUACUUCCGAAACACGUGUGCUUAUAUAAGCACACACACAAUGCUGACUCAGCACACGUGAAACAGACGCGGGCCGGGCAACGAGCGGCGCCGAUCAGCAGCGUGUUUUACUGCGAGAGCAAGGAAAUGCAGCCUCGUUUUACACGCGCUCCCAGCGUUUGGCAGCUGAAUUCGAUUCUCCAGAUGAC